UGGACAGGAAUCUCUGCAGUCCGGUGGUAAAGUGUGGCUGCCCACUUGUCCCGACUCAUGGGAGAGCUCCCUGGGGAAGAGGCCACGACCAUGGGGGAUGUGAAGCUGGCUGCCUCAACACAGGUUUCCAAAACCUCUGUCAGCGUGGAUCACUCAAGAGUCAGUUCCAUGCCCCUGACCGAGGCCCCUGCUUUCAUUGUGCCCCCUCGGAACCUCUGCAUCAGAGAAGGAGCCACCGCCAAGUUUGAAGGGAGGGUCCGGGGUUACCCAGAGCCCCAGGUGACGUGGCACCGAAAUGGGCAACCCAUAACCAGUGGGGGCCGCUUCCUGCUGGAUUGCGGUAUCCGGGGGACUUUCAGCCUUGUGAUUCAUGCUGUCCGUGAGGAUGACAAGGGAAAGUAUACCUGUGAAGCCACCAAUGAUAGUGGUGCCCGCCAGGUGACAGUGGAGUUGACUGUAGAAGGGACCUUUGUGAAGAGGCACGGUCAGCCUGUUGUUUCCAAAACCUUGGGGGACAGAUUUGCAGCCCCCGCGGUCGAGUCCCGUCCCAGCAUCUGGGGAGAGUGCCCACCAAAGUUCGCUACCAAGCUGGGCCGAGCCGUAGUCAGAGAGGGACAGAUGGGACGGUUCUCUUGCAAGAUCACUGGCCGGCCCCAACCACAGGUCACGUGGCUCAAGGGAGAUGUUCCCCUGAAGCCAAGUGCCCGUGUAUCUAUGUCUGAGAAGAAUGGGGUGCAAGUUCUGGAAAUCCAGGAGGUCAGCCAAGAUGAUGUGGGACUAUACACGUGCAUGGUGGUGAAUGGGUCAGGGAAGGCCUCCAUGUCAGCCGAGCUUUCUAUUCAAGGUUUGGACAAUGCCAAUCGGUCAUUUGGGAGAGGAACAAAGGCAGCCAAAUCAGAAAUCAAGAAGGAAGUGACCAAUGGAGCAACACAGGGGCCCAAGCUGGACAGCCCGGAGCCUGCAGCUGAAAGAAAGAACUGCUCCGGCACCCAGAGAGGUGGCUCCCCAACCUGGGCCCCAGGUAGCCAGCCUCAGCCCCUUCGGGAGUCUAAGCUGGAGCCUUCCCAACACCCACCUAGGAAAGCCCUGAGCAGCCCCGUCCUACAGAAGACUUCUAGCACCAUCACCCUGCAGGCCGCAAAAGUCCAGCCGGGACCAAGAACACUGGCCUUGAGAACCCUCUCUCCUUCUAGAGAAGAUGGGGAGAGGCCAGCUGCUCCCCCUCUGGCCACCCUCCCCACCAGGCAGUCUGGCCUGGGAAGCCAGGAGGCUGCAAGCAAGGUUGCUACCAGGAAAAUCCCCAUGGAGAGCCGGAGAGAUUCUGCACCCCCCAAAUUUGAAAGCAAGCCCCAAAGCCAGGAAGUCGGUGAAGAUCAAACAGUCAAGUUCAGAUGUGAGGUUUCAGGGACCCCAAAGCCUGAAGUGACCUGGUUCCUGGAAGGUGCCCCCGUGAGGCGACGAGAAGGCGUUGUUGAGGUUUAUGAAGAAGGCGGAUGCCAUUACCUCUGCCUGCUGAGAGCGCGGGCCAGGGACAGCGGGGGCUACAGCUGCACGGCCUCCAAUGUCCACGGCCAGGUGUCCUGCGGCUGGACCCUCCUGGUGAAACGGCUGGCCAUGAUGGAGGUGGCUCCCUCCUUCUCCAGUGUCCUGAAGGACUGCACGGUCAUUGAGGGCCAGGACUUUGUGCUGCGGUGCUCAGUGCAGGGGAUCCCAGUCCCCCAAAUAACUUGGCUGCUCAAUGAGCAGCCCAUCCAGUAUGCUCACUCCUCCUGCGAGGCCGGCGUGGCUGAGCUCCACAUCCAGGACGCCCUGCCAGAGGACGAUGGCACCUACACCUGUCUGGCCAAGAACACCUUGGGGCAGGUGUCCUGCAGCGCCCGGGUCACUGUCCAUGAAAAGAAGAGCGACAGGAAGAGUGGGUACCUUCUGCCCGAGGCUCCCAGCAAGCCUGUUGCGCCCCUCUUCCUGCAGGGCCUCUCUGACCUCAAAGUUAUGGACGGAAGCCAGGUUACCAUGACGGUCCAGGUGUCAGGGAAUCCGCCCCCCGAGGUCAUCUGGUUUCACAACGGGAAUGAGAUCCAGGAGUCUGAGGACUUCCACUUUGAACAAAGAGGCACUCAGCACAGCCUUUGUAUCCAGGAAUUUUUGACCUUCACCACCAUGGAAAGCUGAGUAGAUGCUGCCUGCUGAAAGGCCUUCCUCUCUAAUCCAACCCUUCGCCAACUUCCAGAGCCCCAGGACGGCACUCAGCCCUGGUUCAUCAGCAAGCCGCGCUCAGUGACAGCCUCCCUGGGCCAGAGUGUCCUCAUCUCCUGUGCCAUAGCUGGAGAUCCCUUCCCUACUGUGCACUGGCUUCGAGAUGGCAAAGCCCUCUCCAAGGACACUGGCCACUUUGAGGUGCUGCAGAACGAGGAUGUGUUCACCCUGGUUCUCAAGAAUGUGCAGGCCUGGCAUGCCGGCCAGUACGAGAUCCUGCUCAAGAACCGGGUUGGCGAAUGCAGUUGCCAGGUGUCACUGAUGCUACAGAGCAGCCCCACCAGAGCGCCCUUGCGGGGGAGGGAGCCUGCCAGCUGUGAGGGGCUCUGUGGCCAGGGAGCCGGUGCUGAUGGUGGUGGCGGUGACCGCUAUGGGACCCUGAGGCCCAGCUGGCCAGCAAGAGGGCAGGGUUGGCCGGAGGAGGAAGACAGUGAGGACGUGCGGGGGGUGCUGAAGAGGCGUGUGGAGACCCGGCAGCACACCGAGGAGGCCAUCCGCCAGCAGGAGGUGGAACAGCUGGACUUCCGUGACCUCCUAGGGAAGAAGGUGAGCACCAAGACUGUGUCAGAAGAACACCUCAAGGAGAUCCCAGCCGAGCAGAUGGAUUUCCGCGCCAACCUGCAGCGACAGGUAAAGCCAAAGACUGUGUCAGAGGAAGAGAGGAAAGUGCACAGCCCUCAGCAGGUGGACUUCCGCUCAGUUCUGGCCAAGAAGGGCACUCCUAAGACCCCGAUCCCUGAGAAGGCACCGCUUCCAAAACCUGCCACCCCAGAUUUCCGCUCAGUGUUAGGCAGCAAGAAAAAAUUACCAGCGGAGAAUGGUAGCAGCAAUCCUGAGGCCUUGAAUGCCAAGGCAGCAGAAAGUCCCAAGGCUGUGGGCAAUGCCCAGGCUUUAGGGUCCCUGAAACCCUCAGGCAAUACCAAGCCUGCCGAGACCCUAAAACCUCUGGGCAACAUCAAGCCUGCCGAGUCCCCAAAACCCGUGGACAAUGCCAAGCCUGCUGAGACGCUGAAACCCGUGAGUAAUGCCAAGCCUGCUGAGACCCCAAAACCCAUGAGCAACACCAAGCCUGCUGAGACCCCGAAAUCUGUGGGCACCACCAAGCCUGCUGAGACCCUGAAACCCAUGAGCAAUGCCAAGCCUGCUGAGACCCCAAAACCUGUGAGCAGCACCAAACCUGCUGAGACCCCGAAAUCUGUGGGCACCACCAACCUUGCUGAGACCCCAAAAUCCGUGGCCAAUGCCAAGCCUGCUGAGACCCCGAAAUCCAUGGGUAUUGCCAAGCCUGCUGAGACUGCAAAACCAGCUGGGAAGGAAGAAAUCAAGAAGGAGGUUAAGAAUGAUGUGAACUACAAGAGGGGGCAUGCAGGAGCCACAGAUAAUGAAAGCAGAUCAGAGAGCCAAGGGACGGCCCCAACCUUCAAGGAGAAGCUACAGGAUGUCCACGUGAUGGAGGGCGAGAAGCUGCUACUCCAGUGUCAGGUGUCCUCUGACCCCCCAGCCACCAUCACCUGGACGCUGAAUGGAAAGACACUCAAGACCACCAAGUUCAUCAUCCUCUCCCAAGAAGGCUCACUGUGCUCUGUCUCCAUCGAGAAGGCCUUGCCCGAGGACAGAGGCGUGUACAAGUGCAUAGCCAAGAAUGGUGCCGGCCAGGCUGAGUGCUCCUGCCAAGUCACCGUGGACGAUGCUCCUGCCAGUGAGAAUGCCAAGGCCCCGGAGAUGAAAGCCCGGAGGCCCAAGAGCUCUCUUCCCCCCGUGCCAGGAACAGAGAGUGAUGCAACUGUGAAAAAGAAACCUGCCCCCAAGACACCUCCGAAGGCAGCCAUGCCCCCUCAGAUCAUCCAGUUUCCUGAGGACCAGAAGGUGCGCGCAGGCGAGUCUGUGGAACUGUUUGGUAAAGUGGCAGGCACCCAGCCCAUCACCUGUACUUGGAUGAAGUUCCGAAAGCAGAUCCAGGAGAGUGAGCACAUCAAGGUGGAGAGCACUGAGAAUGGCAGCAGGCUCACCAUCCUGGCCGCACGCCAGGAGCACUGCGGCUGCUACACUCUGCUGGUGGAGAACAAGCUGGGCAGCAGGCAGGCCCAGGUCAACCUCACUGUCGUGGACAAACCAGACCCCCCAGCCGGCACCCCUUGCGCCUCUGACAUUCGGAGUUCCUCGUUGACCCUGUCCUGGUACGGUUCUUCAUAUGAUGGGGGCAGUGCCGUUCAGUCCUACAGCGUCGAAACCUGGGACUCGGUGGACAAAACGUGGAAGGAACUAGCCACAUGCCGCAGCACCUCUUUUAACGUCCAGGACCUGCUGCCCGACCGAGAGUAUAAAUUCCGUGUGCGUGCAAUCAACGUGUAUGGAACCAGUGAGCCAAGCCAGGAGUCUGAACUCACAGCGGUGGGAGAGAAGCCAGAGGAGCCAAAGGACGAAGUGGAGGUAUCAGAUGAUGAUGAGAAGGAACCUGAGGUCGACUACCGGACGGUGAUUGUCAAUACUGAACACAAAGUGUCUGACUUCUACGACAUUGAAGAGAGACUAGGCUCUGGGAAAUUUGGACAGGUCUUUCGACUUGUAGAAAAGAAAACUGGAAAAGUCUGGGCAGGGAAAUUCUUCAAGGCAUAUUCAGCAAAAGAAAAAGAGAACAUCCGGCAGGAGAUCGGCAUUAUGAAUUGCCUCCACCACCCCAAGCUGGUCCAGUGUGUGGAUGCCUUCGAAGAAAAGGCCAACAUCGUCAUGGUCCUGGAAAUCGUGUCGGGGGGUGAGCUGUUCGAGCGCAUCAUCGACGAGGACUUUGAGCUGACGGAGCGGGAGUGCAUCCAGUACAUGAGGCAGAUAUCGGAGGGCGUGGAGUACAUCCACAAGCAGGGCAUCGUCCACCUGGACCUCAAGCCCGAGAACAUCAUGUGUGUCAAUAAGACAGGCACCAGAAUCAAGCUCAUCGACUUCGGUCUGGCCAGAAAGCUGGAGAAUGCAGGAUCUCUGAAGGUCCUCUUCGGCACCCCAGAGUUUGUGGCACCUGAAGUGAUCAACUACGAGCCCAUAGGCUAUGCCACGGAUAUGUGGAGCAUCGGGGUCAUCUGCUAUAUCCUGGUUAGUGGACUUUCCCCCUUCAUGGGUGACAACGAUAACGAAACCCUCGCCAACGUGACCUCAGCCACCUGGGAUUUCGAUGAUGAAGCCUUUGAUGAGAUCUCUGAUGAUGCCAAGGAUUUCAUCAGCAAUUUGCUGAAGAAAGAUAUGAAAAACCGCCUGAACUGCACCCAGUGCCUUCAGCAUCCAUGGCUAAUGAAAGACACCAAGAACAUGGAGGCCAAGAAACUCUCCAAGGACCGGAUGAAGAAAUACAUGGCAAGAAGGAAAUGGCAGAAAACGGGCAAUGCUGUGAGAGCCAUUGGAAGACUGUCCUCUAUGGCUAUGAUCUCAGGGCUCAGUGGCAGAAAAUCCUCAACAGGAUCACCAACCAGCCCACUCAAUGCAGAAAAAUUAGAAUCUGAAGAAGAUGUGUCCCAAGCCUUCCUUGAGGCCGUUGCUGAGGAAAAGCCCCAUGUAAAACCCUAUUUCUCUAAGACCAUCCGUGAUUUAGAAGUCGUGGAGGGAAGUGCUGCUAGAUUUGAUUGCAAGAUUGAAGGAUACCCAGACCCUGAAGUUGUCUGGUUCAAAGAUGACCAGUCAAUCCGGGAGUCCCGCCACUUCCAGAUAGACUAUGAUGAGGACGGGAACUGCUCUUUAAUCAUCAGUGAUGUUUGUGGGGAUGACGACGCCAAGUACACCUGCAAGGCUGUCAACAGUCUCGGAGAAGCCACCUGCACGGCAGAGCUCAUUGUGGAAACCAUGGAGGAAGGGGAAGGGGAAGGAGAAGAAGAGGAAGAGUGAGACAAACCCAGAAAGAAGCAGUUUCUAAGUCAUAUUACAAAGACUAUUUCUCUAAAGCUCAAAAAAUCCAAAAUAGUAAAAGCACCUAGUGUGAUAGAUAGAUCUAGUUAGGUCUUUUGGGGGUUGAUUGUUCAGCAAUAGCAGUUGACAGCUAGCAGCAGUUAUUGAUGGGCAUUAAUUUGAAUUAGCUGGCACUUGCCUGAUCAGUUGAUUUUAAUGAGAAAGUAACCAAAAGAAAUCUUUAUCUGGGCAAGGUCAUAAAUUCCCUAACUGAAAGCACUCAUGAAAAAUAAGACCCUGUGGUCACAGCUCAGCCCAGAAGGUCCCUGGAGACAGAGAUCUCUCUCUCUCUCUCUCUCUCUCUCCCAGCUCCUAACUGCAGAGAACCGAGUCUCCUCCAGUCCUGCAGCACUUCAUUCAGAAAGCAGUUGAGCCAUUUGAACAUAGGAGGCACAUUUUAUUCCAAAGUAUACCACGCACCUUCAAACUUUUCAUUUCUCUCCCCUGAUCUACCUGCCCGUUUUUCUGGAUCUGAAUUUGCCAUGAAUUUAAGCACUAAGGACAUUACGCUUCUUAGAUUUUCUGAAGACAGGUCCCCUCCUCACGGAUGGCUGGCUUCCUUAGGAGAAUAGAAUCUCUUUUCUUCCAGAAUCAGUGGGAAAUCUAAACUUAUCCCCUCUUUGCAGAUGUCUAGCAGCUUCAGACAUUUUUGUUAAGAACCCAUGAAAAAAAGAAUCCUUGCUAAUGUGCUUUUCUUCUGAAACUGGGAUUCGUAUUUGUGCUGUUAUAGAAAUUCAGCUCUGCAUGUGUGGUAAAGAUUUCUGUGUUUGAAUGUAUGAAAAACCAGUUUGCUGAAAAGUUAGUCUUAAUUAUUUAUCGGCCGCUGUGAAACCGAUUUCACCGGACGAAGGGCUGUAGAACUGCACACGCUUUGGGAUCUCCAUCAGGGUGGUCUGAGUUUAACACACCUUCAGUUCUAAACACUCUCCAGAGGACUCAACCUGCCUUGUUCCACAAUAUUUUCUUCUUGAAUGUGCAUCAGUCAUGCCCUGCCCCCCAGCCUUCAAAUGAAUUCUUAGACCUGAUAAAUGCACUCAGACUUGCAUCUUUAGGAAUUUUUCUUUCACUACAUUGGCACUUAAAUUUUUCUUUAGAAACUUUUUGAAGGUCAUAAACAAAGACUAUAAACUGAUAUGCCUAAUACAUUUCCUCUGCCUGUGUGUGUGUGUAACAUUCCAAGUACUUUUUUCUUUUCCACUGUUUGUAAAGUGCAGCAAUUUAAUAUUUGAAGGGACUUUUUGAUCGUUUCUCAAGAAUCAAUUUGAAAUGACUUCAGUGCAACCCUACACAGUAUCAACUUCAGAACUUUGAUAGUAGUCUUAUGUUACCUUCCAUUCUAUUUUUAUCUGCUUUUUGCUGCUAGUUUCAAAUUUGCCAGUAUUUUUUCUUUUUGCUUUUUUAGCAGUUACAAUUUUUUUCUCAUAAUAGCCACAGUAUUGCCACGGUUUAUAAUAAAGGGUUUUAAAAUUUGAUUUAGAGCAUUUGAAGCUUUUCUUCACUUAACUGUGUUUAGAAGAUUAUAAUCUUUGUGUGCACAUAUGUUGUGUGUGUGUGUGUGUGCAUGUGUGCUGUGUAUGUUUGUUACAGGUCUUUAAUGUCUGAAAUCGUGUUACUGUUCUCGCAGUGUAUUAUGCCGUUGGAAUGGUGGAUGAGAACACUAUGACUGUAGUUAGCUCACGAUUCUUAAAUAAAGGAUACCACAGUGCAUGCUGUGUGUUCAGUCUC